ACCCUGUUGGGCUAACGGUUGCGGCAGUGGCGCGAAGCCUCGAAAAGAUCCCUUAUCAUUUCACUUACUACCAAAGGCGCUUCCGAGGUUCCAAUUCCAUCCCUUGUAAGCGAUUUUUGGCACAGAAAAUAGCAUAAAUGCAGAACCGCCUGUGAGGCUCGCUCUGUUCUCUGAGGUGAUGUCUCGAGGACUCCAUCUCGUUUCUAACAAUAUUCCAGUACCACUAAUAAAAAUCCCAGCCUUUGCUUCCAAGGGAACACCUCUUUCAUGUAGUGCAAGCUCUAACAGUCAAAGACGAAACCCGGACUUCUCGAGGCAGAACAAACAUGGGUUCUCCAGAGGGCGUAACAGGCAUAACCAAGAGAAUGCUGACAAUGUGGAAGAAUCUGAACUGUUAUCUUCCAAAAAUGGGCCAUUGCUCUCCCUCUCCAGUAGCCAAAGGUUUCAGGCUACCGCUACCCCAGGCCCAAGAGAGAAGGAGAUUGUAGAAUUGUUUAGAAAGGUCCAGGCUCAACUUCGUGAACGAGCAGCCAUCAAAGAAGAAAAGAAGAAUGAAACCUUUCGAGGACAAGGCAAGGAGAGUGAUACAGUUGAUUCACUUCUGAAACUGUUACGGAAGCACUCAGUUGAACAGGGGAAGAAAAGUAGUAGUGGCAGCAAGGACUUCAAUAUGGAGCAACCAGACCAAAACAGCAUGUAUGAUGAAGAGCAGAACGCAAGCUUUUUUGGUUCAAAUAGCAUUGCUGGGGAUGAGGAGGGAGAGUCCAGCAUCCGUCCCUUUAUGAGGCCAACGUCAAACUUCCAGCGGAGAUCUCCUGUUCCUAGAGUCAAGUACCAACCUGUUUAUUCAAGCAAAGGUAGUAUUGUAUCGGAGUCGCCUUUUAAGUCACAGUGGAAGAGAAGGAAAAGCUUUGUUGAGCCUGGCUAUGAGCAGGAGCAGGAGCAGGAGCAGGAGCAGGAGACUGAGCCUGAGACUGGGACUGAGACUGAGCCUGAGCCUGAGCCUGAGCCUGAGCCUGAACCUGAACCUGAACCUGAGCAUGAUUCUCAUCCUGAGCAAGAAACAAUAUUUUCAGAUGGGCAAGAGGAAGUUCUUCAUGUGAUGUCGGGGUCCGAGUCUGAGUCUGAGUCUCCUGAUGCUGACGAGAUUUUAGAGGAGCCGAAUAAUGAAAACACAAACUUGAGUGUAUUAAAGCUGUCAAAAUUGAGGUCACUUGCAAAGUCCCGUGGGGUGAAAGGGUACUCUAAGAUGAAGAAGGGUGAUCUCGUUGAGCUACUUAGUGGAGACUAGGCCAGACGGUGGAGUGCGAGAAAAGAAACAAAUAUGUUUCACCAUUACAUUCUGAGAAGUAUACAUGAUUUUUGAUUAUCCCCACACCCCAUGUUGGAUUCAUGUGAUGCUUCUGUUUCCUUAAGAUUUUGUUGUCACUGCAUUCUCAUGGUGUAACAUGCAUAUUAACUGAACAGUAUCACUGUUAUUGCUUUUUAAUUAACAUGGGGCUUUUAUAUUUGAUUGUCUUA